CCGGGGCGGCGGCCAGGCUGGAUCCCGGGCGCUGCCGUCUGCGGGGCCGGCGUGUGGGGACUCGGUGGAGGCCCAGAGCCGUGCGGCCGCGGCCACACCUCGCCCAGCACGGCCGGCUCUGCCGGCUUCCCAGCUUUCCCGAGACUUGUUUUUCUGGCCGGAAGUUUCCUGGAGCCAAAUGGCUCCUACCUGCCGGCUCUGCUGGGUCUGCAGCCUCCUCUGCGUCUGGUCAGCGGUGAUGGGACACCCCUGCAGCCUGGACCGCGAGGGAUGGGCCAACUGCAGUGGGAAGAGCCUUCAGCAUGCUCCCAGUUCCCUUCCAAGAAACAUCACCAGUUUGGAUCUCUCCUUCAACUCCUUGGUCAUGCCCCAUCAUAGGACUCUCUUGAAGCAUUUCCCUUCCCUGCACUCUCUCAACCUCUCCAGCAAUGCGAAGCUCACGCUGAGCCCAGCAGUCUUCUCCAACCUCGGGGCUCUGCGUCUGCUGGACCUGAGCAGCUGUGGCAUCACCUACAUCCACAUGGACACUUUCAAGGGCCUGGGAAACUUGCACACACUGCUUCUAAGAAACAACAGCUUGCAAGAGCUCGAUGUCCCUUUCCUUUUGCCACUGAAGGCUCUUAUCCACCUGGACCUGCAGCACAACGCGCUGGUCUCUGUGGACGCUUGGAGCCUGCAGCUGAUGGAGACAGUCCCACAGGUCUGUCUGGAAGGGAACCCCUGGGUCUGCAACUGCAGCGCGCACCCUCUGCAGCAAUGGCUGCAGCGCAGGCGAGCUGUGCAGGUGACCUGCGUGUCGCCCCUGGGGCUGAGGGGCCAGGAGAUCGCAGCUCUGGAUUCUCGGGACCUGGGCUGCCAGAUUAAGCGUCGGUUUGCUCGUGGGCUCAGCACGGCACAGCAGAUCACAGUGACCGAGAACAAUACCACUGCACUGCCUGCCAGGAAGGGGGGAAGGAGCUGGCCAUACCUGGUGGGAUUCCUAGUGACAGCGAUUGGCAUCUCCAUCCUGAUCGCGCUGGCUGCCAAGUGCAAGCUUGUCCACAAGAACUUCGCCAGCUACCGCCACCGGCCACUGCCCAAAAUCAGCUCCAUUGGAGGCAGCCCCAUGGAGGAUAGCAACAGCUGGGACAGGGGCUCCUUCGGGAGCCGUUCCAUACCUGAUGCCGCCGACCUGCAAGCUGAGGAUGAUGAUGGCUUCAUCGAGGACAACUACAUCCAGCCCAGUGAGCAGCUGCCAGCAAAGGAGGAGCGAGAGUUGCAUCAUUCCAGCUGAGCUUACAAGAACUCAGCCACCACUGCUGCGGCCUCUUGCUGUCUCCCUAGUUCCACCCCUUUCCCACCUGCCCUUGGCUUUUCACCCCACAUGUUUGGGACAGGAGGAAAGGAGCAGAGAGGAGGGGAGAGAGGGCUGGGCUGGGAAUGGUGAUGGAGGCUGAAGGCAGCUGGUCCCAGAGUGUCCCAGCAUGACACCAGUAGGCUGCACUGUCACAGGGACACCAAAACAGCUGCUGCUUUCCCAGUCUUGCUCGGAUGCUGAGGAUGAAGGAGGUGGUGCCUAUCGCACCCAGGGAGCCCAGUGCAACGGGAAGAGAAGCCUGCCCUGGUGCUGCCUGCGGGGUCUUGGGCACUGGCCCCACUGCCCCAUGGCACCAGACCCAGCCCUGCUCAGUCCCUCAAUGCAUUGUCAUUCUGAGGUGUGAUUAAAGCAUGAUUUAUCCCU